AUGGCAAAAUCUGUUUGCCUAAAAAAUCCACAUGAAUGGCAUCCUUAUGUUUAUCAAUAUGGGUAUUAUGAUCCAGUAACAGUUGGUAGUAUUGAUGGUACAGAUACGACUCCACAUGAUAGAGCAAUUCAACGCGCCUUAACGUCAUCCUAUAGGAGUAAAGACCACGUUUUUAACUGGGAUCCAAAGGCUACAAUAUUUGUAGGAAGGCUACCCUAUCAUACUUCAAAAAUUUGUUUACAAAAAGCACUGCAUGAACUGUUGAAUAAACACUUAGGAAAUGAUUUAAAUAGUAAAUCUAGAAAAUACUGUCGUAGUCGUUCCCCAUUUUCAUGCGAUGAAAUUUGGCCAAAAAUUCAUCUUGUUCACAACAUUGUUACUGGCUAUCCAUGUGGCUAUGCAUUUGCAUAUUUUUCAUCGGAAUCAGAUGCCGAACGUGUACUGCGUGCUUGGCGUAAUCAAACUACUGUUUCAACGAAAUUAUACUGUGGACUAAAAGAUGAACGACACUGUGGUUUAGAUAUACCUAAUGGUGAUAAGGUAAUUUUAGAACCGUAUUUUGGUGGUACACUGCCUGGUUGGCGACCACGUCGUCUUGGUGGUGGAUUAGGUGGUCGUAAAGAAGCUGGGCAGUUACGAUUUGGCGGAAUCGCUCGGCCUUUUAGACGUCCGUUUAUUGCAAAUAAUGCAUCUUUGACAGAAAAGAAGUCAAAGUUUUGCAGAGAUUAA